AUGAGAGCCCCGAGUGGUAUUGGCCCCACGGCGCCUGAGCGGCAUCCGUCAGGCUGGAAGUUGAGAGUAUGCACAAGCAUUGCCUCGGAUAAGAAGUUGCAAGAAGCAUGUCUGCCCAAGGUGCGACGUGGGCCGGGUGACUCAAUCAUUCUGCAUGGUACUGUCCAUGAUGACAGAUCAACAACGACAGAGGCCGUCGCCCAAAGAGAUAGGGAGGCAGAGCUGCGAGCAGAGAUACGGGUUGGUUGA